CAACGUCUACGGCCCGAUAACGUGACUUGACCGGUGAGUCGCUGCCGGCGUCCUCUUCUUGCGCCCCGGAUGGACUGUAUCUUCCAUAUGGGCCUCCCCAAGAGGCGCGCGCGAACGCACUGCCAACACAGCAGUGGCCAUGUGCUCUUCGCUGUGUCGCGUCAUGCUCCUGGCGGUGGUUUCCACACAGCGACUGCCUAGUGCGACCGAUAUGACCCUGCGCUUGCCCAUCCCGCCCCCGAAUCAACGACCGAGACAGCACCGGGCAAGGCGGAAAGCUGCAUCACGCAAGUCACAACACACCCCAAACCGGCUGGGCUGCCGCCCGGGCACUUGCUCAGCAACGAAAACUUGCCGUACAUAUACAGUCUCGCCUCUUGACAACAGCCUUCUUCUUGCUUCUCUACCACCCCUUUAUAAUGCGCAUUCACACACUCUUUACUUUGCUGAGCACUACGGUGCUCACAGCUGCCCUCACUGCCGCCUCUCCCUUGACCAUCCUCAAAGAACGAGCCGACGAUCCGGUAGCCACUUUGACGGGCGCUGGGCCGGACGGCGGCGAUGUUCAAGUAUCAGGUGUAAACCACCCUACGUUUCAGCAAGACUAUUGGGGUGGUAUUCCUUACGCCAAGCCCCCGACUGGCGACCUCCGAUUCUCUCCUCCUCAGACCUACACCUACGAAUCGAUAAACUUUACCGCUCAGGCAUCCUCUUCAGCGUGUAUGCAAGACUACGACUUGACAAUGUCGGAAGACUGUUUGUACUUGAAUGUCUACACGCCGAGCGGGUCAAGCGGCUCGGACGCAAGUCUUCCGGUCAUGGUCUGGGUGUAACUUUGGAGGGGGGUUUCAGACUGGGGAUGCAGGUUGGUUCAACGCGUCUCGCGACUUGCAGUAUGGUGUCGACUCUGGCAAACCAUUCAUCUUUGUUGCCUUGCAGUAUAGGCUGGGCGCAUUUGGAUGGGGUACCGGGUCUGGUUACGCUGAGAACCAGGCCACAAACCUCGGAUUGAAAGAUAUCAAGCAAGGUUUGUCUUGGGUCCAGUCAAAUAUUGCUGCUUUCGGCGGCGAUCCCAGUAAGGUGACUUUGUUCGGCGAGUCGGCCGGCGCCAUGGCAGUAUCUCUACUUUUUCUCGACCCUGAGACAACUCUCUUUCAGAAAGCUAUCAUGGAAUCCGGUGCUCCAUCCGGCACACCCCUCGGACCUGCCGGCUCCACAUGGGAAGACGCCUACCAAUUCUUCCUUGACAACGUUGGAUGCAAGUCCCCCAGUGACGGUAGCACUGAAUGGGCCUGUUUGAAAGCUCUUUCGGCGGAUCAAUUGCUGAAUGGACAGAAAGCUACAAAGAACCAAACUCAAUGGGUUGACUCCCGGUUAUAUGGUCCAUCCAUCGACGGCGAUGUCAUUCCCGAUUCCCCGCACACUCUCAUCUCUAAUGGCAAGGUUGCCAACAUUCCCUUCAUCCAAGGAAACAACAAAGACGAAGGCACAAGCUUUGCCCCCACCACACUUGACGGUCCCGAAUCCGGCCGCAACCUCAUCCGCUUAAUUGAACCUGUUCCUCCCUCCAAUGCCACCCUCGACUCUCUCCUCGACCUCUACCCCGCUGACCCCACGGUGGGAUCUCCUUACGACACCGGCAAUGACACUUUUGGCCUUCAACCUGCUUACAAGAGGUUCGCUUCCAUCGUUGGAGACCUCAAAUUUCAGGCUCCCAGACGUCAUUUUCUGAGAGAGGCAAACAAGCAUGGCAAUACGGCGACAUGGACGUAUCAAUUUGAACAGAGUACGCCUGGUAGCGCGGCCCAGCGAGGAGUGUGGCAUGCAAGUGAGAUUCCGUAUGUCUAUGGUCUGGCUCGACCGGGAACCGGCCAAUCAGCCGACUAUACCGAUGUCGAUGGGGCUUUAUCGGAUGCUAUGAUGGAGUACUGGAUCAAUUUUGCCCACUAUUCCGACCCCAACGGUCUCCCCGGCACUACGUCCAAUUUCACCUCUUGGCCGGCGCAUGACAUUUCUGCCAACACAAACAUACUGCGCUUGAAGGGAGACGACAUUCAAGUCUUCAAAGACGAUUUCAGGGAGGAGGGGAUGCAAUUCAUGCAAGACAAUGCUGGGGAGUUCAAUAUGUGAUAAAUUAUCGAAUCAUAGGACAAUUAAUUGAAUGAAACUUCUGCCCAA